AUGGGUUUUGGCGACAACGCCAACUUCGAGGCAGUCCCCGCGUUUGGUCAACGCGGAGGUGAUCGCGAUGAUUAUCAAGGCCAAUUCGGAGGAGAUCGACGGAAUCAGGGAAGACGUGGCGGUGGAGGCGGCUUUGCAGGUGCAAGAAAUUUCUCUGACCGCAGGGAAAACCGAAAACCCUCAGAUGAUGAUUAUCGCAUAACCUGUGAAGCUUGCGUUCACGCUUAUAUCUUAGACUGGGAACCCAAUGAGGAGCAAGAAAGUCGCCCUUCACGUGGUGGACGUCUUGGUGGUUCAUCACAGUUUCCUGACAGAGGCGACUUCAAUCAAUAUAGGAGCAGCAAUCAAGACGGUCGGGGCGGAGACGACAGAAGGGGAUUCAAUGACACUAAACGCCCUGACAGAGCUUAUGAUGGCGGUCGCUCAGGAACUGGUAGAGGGAUGUACUGCGAUGAGGACCCAGUGACAAGAGACAGACGUGCCGGAUUCGGCAACGAAAAUGAAGAUGAUAGCCGCCCACCGAAUCGGCGAAACAACGAUUUUGGCAGAUAUGAUCGUGACGGCGGCAGAGAAAAUUCUGGUUUUGGUGGGCACGACGAUAGACGUCGUCCCCCAGAUGACAUCCGCGGUGGUGGUUAUGGAGGCGGCGGUAGAAGAUAUGGUAAUGCGAACGAUGGGAAUGAUCAAGAGUAUGAUCGACGCGAUGGUUUCGGAAUGCCAAAGGGCAAUUUUCGCCGUGACGAAUAUGAAGAUAGGGAGCCUUCCAGGGGCUUUGGUGGCAAUAGAAGAGGUGGACCGAUGAGCUCCGGUUUUGGUGACAGCAGAAGACUUCCACCACGCGCUUAUGAUGAUCGCAGUGAUGAUUUUGACAACAGCCGCGAAAGAGGAAAUGAUCAAGGACGUCCCUUUAGCAACAGAAAGAGCGCAUUUGAUCAAGAAGAUCGGAACGACAGGUGGUCGUCGUUUCAACGACCGAUCCAGGGAGAAUGA